AUGGAGGCCGAUGGCAGAGCUCCCUCACUGGCUGUAGCAAUUCCUUGGGGAUCACAGAAAUCACAACCUUUAAAUCAGCAGUGGUCUCAACACCCUAUUCCACAGCACCAACCAUCUUCACAGCAUAAGCUGUCUCAGGCAGAACCUUUUGAUAGCUGUGCUGUGGAGGAUUACUCUAAGGUCCGUUGUGGUUUACCUGACAUCAGUGCUGCUGACUGUGAAGCCAUCCACUGCUGCUUUGAUGGUCUACAGUGCUAUUAUAGCAAAGCAGUGACUGUUCAGUGUACCCGGGAUGCCCAGUUUAUUGUGGUGGUAGCCAGGGAUGCCACUCUGCCUUCCCUAAGUCUGGAUUCAGUUAGCCUGUUGGGAGGCAGUGACCGAGAGUGUGCCCCUGUCGACAUGACUGCAGCCUUUGCCAUUUACCAGUUCCCUGUGACUGCCUGUGGGACAAAUGUGAUGGCUGAUGGUGACUAUCUGAUCUAUGAGAACAGGAUGUCGUCCUCUUAUGAGGUGGGAGUUGGACCCUUGGGCUCAAUCACAAGAGACAGCCAUUAUGAAGUUCUCUUCCAGUGCCUGUACUCUAGCACUUCAGUUGAGGCACUUGUUAUUGAAGCCAUCCCGGGUCAUCCACCCCUUCCAGUGGCUGCUAGUGGCGACCUCAGAGUGGAACUGCGGCUGGCCAAUGGAGAAUGUUUGACAAAAGGAUGUGUGGAAGAGGAUGCAGCCUACACUUCAUACUAUGAUGCAGCUGACUACCCAGUCACGAAAGUCUUGCAGGAGGCAACUUAUGUGGAAGUGCGCAUGUUGGAGAGGACGGACCCAAAUAUUGCUUUGACCUUGGGCCGCUGCUGGGCGACAUCCUCCCCUGACCCUGAGCGUUUGCCGCAGUGGGACCUCCUGGUUGAUGGGUGUCCUUAUCAAGAUGACCGUUAUCUGACUACUGUGGUUCCAGUUGAUGGGUCCUCUGGACUCUUGUACCCAACACACUACAAGCGCUUCAUCUUCAAGAUGUUCACCUUUGUGGAUGCUGAAUCUCUGGCACCUUUAAUGGAGAGGGUCUUCAUCCACUGCAAUACUGCUGUUUGCUAUCCAGCUGUUGGUGGCUCCUGUGAGCAGAAAUGUUUCAGACAAAGGAGAGAUGCUGGUGGAAAGAUGAGCACCCUUCAGGAAGGGCCUGUGGCUUCCAGUGGGGAACUACUCUUUUACAAACCCAUGAAAGAUUAA